AUGUCUUUUGCGAUUCUUAAAGAUGACUGGUCGAAGGCGACUCCCGAGCAAAGAGCGUAAGUGAAACAGGGAAACUCCAACACACCGUUUAUCCGAAACGAUGUAUCUCAGUUGCGAGAAGAGAUAUCAAAAAGUGGUCAACUGGCAAAAUGUACACCACGUUUCAAUGAUGAAUUGAAUAGUUCAAAACUUUUUGAUAUCUCUAUCGGCAGCAGAGAUAUAUCGUCUUGAAUUGACGGUAAUGGUAGUUUUUACGGUUUCUUUACCUUUUUGCUUUUCAGUGCUUAUUUGGAAGGGCUCAAUGAUGAUCGUAUCCGAGACGCGUACGUUUUCAGCAUACUUUUCAGUUCCUGUCCUCAAAGGAGACGGUUUCAGCGCGAUAGAUCUCUAUUCAACGUGUUCGAAUGGCCUUCUAUGGGCGCAGAAUUCGCCUUCGACGUUCUGUGAGCAUCAACUGGAGAACGCAUCCAAAUCUGCGAAGCAUUGGAUCUGGAAUUCGAGCGAUAAGAACAUCGAAAAGAUUGGUAAUGUCCAUUUUUAUUCAUUUAAUACAGGGACGCAGUGGGAUACAUCAGAAAUUACAAAUGGCGAUUUUCCGACCUGGUACCCGUAACACGGGAGUUAUUUUACAUUCUGAAGCUAGUGGCACUCGCCGUUUUUCGACCAAGUUACUAUUUCUUCUGAUAUUAUCAAAAAUAGGGGUGGCGUAUACUUAUGGCACGCACUGUGACAGCGAAGUUGAGCAAUUAUUGGCCUUCUUUUCAAUAUCCUAUCAGAUAAUCUGAAUUCCAGCCGUGAAUCCACAAUUGUGGAAGGAGCAAGUCAAGAAGAAGUUCUGCCAGUAUCAUCCGCUCCGUCAGUUCCAUCGUUUCCACUUCUUCGACCAUGUUUUGUUUAGAUCAAUUUUGUGAGGACUUUCUGAGACCUACAACCACUUCCACAGCCUUGCCCACCACCACGACUUCCGUUCCCCCUCUGACCACCGCGGCUGCUCUCCUUCCCGACGAGACCACUUCCGACGGAUUCGUCACGGCGAACAUGGGUCUCAUCAUCGCCGCAAUCAUCGGAAUCGCUCUCGUGUGCCUUCUGAUGGUCUGCGGAGCCAUGUACUUUAAGAGAAAAUCGACGAAGAAGGGGAAAGCGGAAGAUGGCGGCGACUCGAAGAUGACGUCCACUUCCACGUCGGUCUCCGCAUCGAAGAGUUCGGCGAGCAAUGUGAAGGAGGAGAAGAAGAAGAAGAAGAAGGAAUCGCCGGCGGGCAAGGAAAAGUCCGAGUUGUCCGGUAUCAAGUCCCGCAAUCUGUACUCGGCAACGGCUCCAGUGUAG